GAAUUGCCUUAGCGCUCGACCGUGUUGCGCGUCGCGAAGGAGGGCGCGUAGCGCGGGAGCGAGCCGAAGGGCUGCCUCGUACCGUCUUACCAAACCAUACAAAAGCCGCGGGCAGCGGAAAACCGGCAGCUCAACGCCAUCGACCAGCACCAUGGGCAAAGGCAGGGGCAAGCGUAGUGUAUUAGCCCAGAAGGCCCAGACCAUCGAGGAAAUCUGGGAAAGUGUAUCACGCACUAAAUCUGCUGAUCUGAACCCCCCACCGUCGAAAAUCGUCCUCACGCCGCGGUCCGCCGAGGCGUGCCUGCGACACGGCCUCAACCCUGAAAUAUUAAGGAUACGACCCCUGGACUCCUUUGAUGUGAAGGGCGUCGACCCCACGGUCCAGAGGCUGAGGCAUGAGACGUACACGCAACGGAGGUUCGAGAUGAUGCGGCUCGUGCGAGCCGAGCGGAAACGCCUCGUGGCCCAGGAAGCGCGAGACGCGGACCUAGCCGCGUCGGGAGCGGGCGGCGGCGCCACCAUCACGCCGCAGCAACUCAUCGCGGCCCAGGCCAAACAAAACGCGACGUUCAUCGAAGAGGAGGAAAAACGGAUGCGGAAGAUGCAGGCGCGCCAAGACAAGGAGCUCGAGCAGAUGAUGGCCUUUGAAAUAAAGAUGGGCGAGCUCCAGCGCGAACGGGAUGCGGCCGCCGAAUUGCAAGCGCGGAAAGAUGAGGCGAAACGGCGCGCGAAGGAGCGCGCCGCGCGCAAACGCGCCGAGGACAAACGACUAAGGGAAGCCAAACGCUUGGCCACGGAAGAAGCGGAAGAGGCGCAGCGCAUCGCGGUGACGCGAGCCAUGUUCGAGAAGGAGAGAGAACUCCGAGCGCAGCGCACGCGCCAGGAAAAAGUGCUCCGGCGGAAAGCAAGGGCCAAAGAAGAGGAGCGUUUGAGAAAGCAGGAGGAACAUCGGUUGCAGACCCAACGAAUCAUGCAAGAACAGCAGAACGCCAUCAAGCGGCGCAUGAAGGAGAUGGAGCUUGCGGAGCAAGAAAGGAGCGCUCUAGUGGAAAAAAAGCAGGCCGAGGACCGCCACCGCAAGCAGAUGCGGCGCGCCCAGAUGGAGGCGAGAAUACAAAGAAACAUGGCGCAGGCCGCGAAGAUGGAGGAGAAGCGCAAGGAGCACUUCUGGCAGAAGAAGGCGCACCAUGAAGCCUUGAGGCAAGAACAACUCGAACUCAUGGAGCGGGAACGACUACUCAAGGUCCACCAGAACACGCUCCAGGAGCAGCGGUUAGCUAUGAUCUUGAAUGCCACGCGUAGACAGGAAGAGGAAAGAAAAGAGGACCUCCUCGCGAAGUUCGAGCUCGAAGAGGAAAACGUCCAGCGCGUGCGAGCGGCGCGGUCCGGGUCCAAUGUGGUGGCCCAUGAAAAACAAAGACUGCGACUCCAGAUGAAGCUCGAGAAUGUGGAGAGGAUCAAGCGCAUCGCGGAGUACCGGAGGCUGGAAACUUUGCGGAAGAUCCACGAAGGGGAUCGACGGAUCCAGGAGAUGAUCGAGCGAAGAGAACGCACGGUCCAGACGCGAAAGGCGAAUGCGAUCAUGGUGAAACGGAAGAAGGACAAGCUCAUGGAGGUCAUGGAGCGCGCGCGCUCCGACGCGAACAACGCCGAGCGGAUCCUGGCGACGAUCGGCAUCGGGCCCAAGGCGAAGAAGAAGAAUAAGCCGAAGCAGUUGCCGCCGAUGGAGCACGACACGGCGCGGGCACUGGGGCCGCCGCCCGAGGGCGAGCUGUCGCACGUGCGCAAAAACGAGGUCACGGAGCAACUGCCCUACGUCUCUCCGUAUGAGACCGAAGGCGGAUCGCAGACCGUGACGUUCUAAGAGGUUGGGUUUA